AUGAGGCUUCUCCUCGUGGCCGUCCUGGGCGCCUGCUGCCUCGCCACAUGCACUGUGGAAGGGGUGGGGAGUGAAAUGCCAGAAAACAAUGUCUGUGGGAGCCUAACAACCCAGCGACUGCCAGUGAGCAGAAUCAAGACCUACACCAUCAAGGAGGGCUCCGUGAGGACAGUGAUUUUUAUUACCAGACAUGGCCUCAAAGUCUGUGCUGACCCAGAGGCCACAUGGGUGAAAGCAGCAAUUAAAAGUGUGGACAGCAAGUCCAACAUGAGAAGAAACAGGAUCCAGACCAACCCUACAGGAGCCCAGCAGUCUGCCCAUACACCUGUGACCCUGUCCCAGUAGAGGGCUUCCCACACCCUGUC